AUGCUCCGUAUUACUGAUAGAGAAAUGGAUUUGGAAAGAAGAGGACUGCUUUGGGAUGUUUCUGGAGUAGAACAUGUAGGAUGUGCUAGCACUCAGCACCUGGAUGAGUACCAGGCACAGGCCCCAGAGUCACAAGAAAUGUUUGCUUUUGAGUGGCAGGACCCAAACACACAACGAAAACAAUACUGCUGGACAGGCCUGCCCCAAGUGCUCAAAAAUUUCGCCGUCCUCUCCGGGGAAAAUUUAGCUAAAGACCUAAAAGAUCUACACCUGGAGAAGGAAACCCUCCUCCAGGUGCUGCACGCAGAGGCCCUGCACCCAGAGUUUCCGGAUCAAAGUUCCUCAGGCAAAAAUGGCUGCGCCAGACGCCUCAGCUCAGCGGACCGUGUGCAGAAGCGCUGCACAGGACACUGCGAUUCAAGAUGGCGGCGGUGGGCCGUGCGCAGAGACACUGCGCGGGCCCUGCGUGAGAUCUGCAGCGGGAGCGUCACAGCCCGAGAGAGAAUUCGGUUUCCUCCCCCGCUCCCGCUGACAAGAUCCCUAGAAAGCAGCCCCGCCCCCGGCCUGUCUGUGAAUGCUUACCAUACAUGUAAGAACCAGCACCCAAAUUCAACUAGAUAUCCAACUAUGAUUUCCUAUGAUUGUGAUCAAGAUGACGUAAACGCUGAUGAAGAAAUGAAUGUUAUAGUAAUGCUCCGAGAUAUUAAAACUGCCCAGAUUGAAAUCCUCAGGCAAGUGACUGACAUUGUGGGUCCAGUACCAAAAAUCCAGGAAAGGACUGACUUUUAUCAGAAGCAAAUGGAGGUACUGGAAACCAGAAUGAAUGUUAGUGAAGACAAACAGUGCACAAUAACUAAAGAUAUCUUCUCUCUGAAGGAAGACAUUGAUGCUUUAAAGAAAAAGGUGACAGAAUUGGAAAACCAGAAUUCUUGCUCCAAUGUACAUUGUUUAGAGGUUCUGGAUAGAGAAAAGGAUAGAGAGAUCAUAGAACUUCUUCACAAACUCAUACAACCAGAAACUUUGAAGAACACAUUGGCUUCUACAGACCUUGAAAUCUCAGCAGAACCAGAGAAAGUGCCCGGUUAUCCCAAGCCCACUGAUCAUCUUGAGGAAAAAACAAUUUCUCCCCAAAUUAAAGCUCUGAAGAAAAGUAAUCAUUAAAAUGCCUUAAGAAGCUUUCAAAAAGCAACGUCAAAUAUUUGUAUUUACCCAGACUUUAAUACAUGGAUCAAGCUAACUUUUGUCCGUGGAGGAAAGUGGAGAUUUUUCCUCAGUGCAACCAAGUUAGAGAAAUCCAUCCAGUGGCUUCUUUGUGGGCCAGCCAUCCCUCCUGAGGAACCACUAGUCAUAACCCAGAGAUAUUGUCCACUCACUGGGCCUAUUGUAAGCUUGACCACAAUCUGUCUCUCUGUUUUCAACUACAUUUACUGUCUUUUUGGUUCCUCAAAAGAGGAAGUGACUCGACUACAGAGUAAUUUUCUGCUUUGCUUGGUACAAAAUAAAUGUAACCUGGCCAUUCCAAGCAUUCACACAUCUUUGUGGUUGCUGUGAACUCCUUGGUAGUUAGCUCACUAUGGGUUGGCUGUCUGCAAAGUUUCUUUACGUCUACAGUAAGUUGAGGCAUAUCAUCCCAUUGGACAGUCGUGAUACAUUUUCUGUCAAGUUUCUUGUUUUCUCAAAGGCAAUUCAUGAGGACUCAUCCAGCGCCCAUUUCAUAGAUAAUUGGAGGCAAAGAAUAAAGGGGUCAAAGGAAUGACAAACACAUUUAGUAGCCCUCACGUCAGUUUUCUAUGCAUUCUUAUCUUAGUGGCCUUAGCAGAUAAGAUUCGUGAUACUAGAGACAGA